UCAAGAAAAUGGGGAUAAACCCUAGAACUGCGAAGAAACGCCAUGAAACGAGCUAUAUGGGGAGCUGUCUUCACUGCCUGUUCUCGGAGGGUUUCCAUCUCUCCUCUGCUUCAAACCUUGCGCUCUGGUCCAUUACUACCUUCAUUUUCCGUUUCGAUUUCGUCCCAAUCGCGAUGUUACUCGUCCGGGAAUGACAAGUAUAAUGGAUUGAACUCAACAACGAUUGAAAACAAGGAUUCUCUCGUCGACGAUGAUGUCAGUAACGAAGAGCUGAAGAGGAAAAUUGAUAGAUUUUAUGAGGGUGACGUCGAGUCCUUACCAACAAUUUUUGAAGCAAUUUUGAAGAGGAAGCUAUCAGGUAAGCACGGAGAUGCUGAUGAUGAGCUGAUGAAGGAAAUUCGGCAGCGAGUGCCUGGAGAAGUUGAAGAUUUUAAAGAUGAAGAAUAUGAUUCAGAUUUAAGUGGUGAGUUGAAUGAAAGUGAUGAAGAAAUGAAGGAGGAUUCCAGUGAGGAAGAAGAUAGAAGAGUAUAAGUUAAUGUUAGAUCAUACAUUUUCGGGUGGAAAUGGUCAAAUCUUGAUAGCUUAUUCAGGUUGGUCUAUGGGAACCUCAACUCCUAACUUGGAGAACUUUGUUCCAUGGGGAAUUGUAUGCUUUGUCUUUUAAUGCCAAAAAUUUGCAAUAGUGUAUUGUUGUA